ACUGGAGUGGAGACGUCUUCUUAUAAAGCCCAGUUUGGUCUUAGUGACAAUGUCUCCUGUGCUAUAAGAGGACGCGAGGAGUUCCCCUCUCCUUCAGUGUAUGCUCCAAAGCUUCCCUCUGUGUCAGUGAGUCCCUCUGCUGAGAUAGUGGAGGGCAGUUCAGUGACUCUGACCUGUAGCAGUGAUGCUAACCCAGCAGCUACAUACACCUGGUACAAGGAGAACCAAACACUGUCUCAAGGACAAGAAGGUAUCUAUCAUUUCACCUCCAUCAGCUCUGAGGACAGCGGGUCCUACAACUGCAAGUCUGAGAAUCAAUAUGGACAGAUAAACUCCUCACCUAUAUUAAUAGAUGUCCAGUAUGCUCCAAAGCUUCCCUCUGUGUCAGUGAGUCCCUCUGCUGAGAUAGUGGAGGGCAGUUCAGUGACUCUGACCUGUAGCAGUGAUGCUAACCCAGCAGCUAACUAUACCUGGUACAAGGAGAAUAUAAAUCUCAGACCUCUCAGUGAAGAACCACAGCUCAUCUUCAGCUCCAUCCAGUCUUCUGACUCUGGACAGUAUUACUGUGCAGCUGAGAACGAGCUAGCGACAAUAUUUGAAUCCAUCCUCAUCAAUGUGAAAUAUGCUCCAAAGCUUCCCUCUGUGUCAGUGAGUCCCUCUGCUGAGAUAGUGGAGGGCAGUUCAGUGAAUCUGACCUGUAGCAGUGAUGCUAAACCAGCAGCUAAAUAUACCUGGUACAAGGAGAAUGAAGACUCACCAAAAGCAUCAGGACAGAUCUUCACCAUCACUGACAUCAGAGCUGAACACAGUGGGAAUUAUUACUGUGAAGCCCACAACAGCAGAGGACGUCAUAACUCCACCUUACAUCUGACUGUUUUGGCAGACCCACAGUAUUCAGGUCGUGUGCAGGAUCACUGUGAUAAGAUUAGGAACUACUGCACUCUGAGAAUCACAGACCUGAGAGAGAGCGACUCAGCCGUGUACAUGUUCAUGUUUAUCACUAACAAGCAAGGUUGGGGUCUUGCUGGUUCACCUGGAGUCACUUUGUCUGUCACAGAUCCAGAUCUUCAGGUGCAGGUGAAAUCAAUAGUCCACCAGGGAUAUUCCAAGGCAGAGCUGAGGUGUCACAGCAGUUGUCGUCUACCUGACAGUCCCUCCUACAUCUGUCAUCAGUGGCAGAAUCCCUCACAGCCUGAGGAUCUUCGUAAAGACUCCCAGUACGCAGGUCGUGUUCAGGUCCUUGAAACAAAUAGAGGACGCUCCACUCUGAGAGUCACCAACCUGAGAGAGAGCGACUCAGCCCAGUAUCACUUCAAAUUCACAACACCAAGCUUUGAAUGGGGGAGUAGUUUACCUGGUACAACUCUGACUGUCACAGAUCCAGAUCUGCAGGUGCAGAGUUAUGAAGAUGAUGUUGAAUCUAAACUCUGGUUCAGUCACUCACAACCUGGGGACAUUACUGAAGACUACCAGUUUGCAGGUCGUGUUCAGGUCCUCGAAACAAAGGGAGGACACUCUACCCUGAGAAUCACUGACCUGAGAGAGAGCGACUCAGGCCAGUAUCACUUCAAAUUCAAAACACCAAGCUUUGAAUGGGAGAGUAGUUUAGCUGGUACAGCUCUGACUGUCACAGCUCUCCAGGUGCAGGUGACCAGAAUAACAGUCUACCAGUCUUAUACUGAGGCAGAGCUGAAGUGUCACAGCAGCUGCAGUCCAGCUGGUCGUCUUUCCUACGUCUGGUUCAAGAAUGGAGAGAAAAUCAUUGAGGACAGUUCUUCAUAUAAAGACCAGUUUUAUCCUGGAGACUUCAUCUCUUGUGCUUUUGAAGAACAUAAGGAUUACAGUUCUCCUUCAGUGUAUGCUCCGGAGGUUCCCUCUGUGUCAGUGAAUCCCUCUGCUGAAAUCAUGGAGGGUACUUUGGUGACUCUGACCUGUGGCGGUGAUGCUAACACAGCAGCUAAAUACACCUGGUACAAGGAGAAUCAAACACUGAUCACUGAAGAACCACAGCUCGUCUUCAGCUCCAUCCAGUCCUCUGACUCUGGACUGUAUUACUGUAUAGCUGAGAACCAGCUGGGGAGGAGGACAUCUGACUACAUGUUUAUUAUUGUGAAAUAUGCUCCAAAGACCUCCAGUGUCUCAGUGAGUCCCUCUGCUGAGAUAGUGGAGGGCAGUUCAGUAACUCUGACCUGUAGCAGUGAUGCUAACCCAGCAGCUAAAUACACCUGGUACAAGGAGAACCAAACACUGCUUCAAGGACCAGAAGGAAAUUAUCGCUUCACUUCCAUCAGCUCUGAAGACAGAGUUUACUACCACUGCAAGUCUAAGAAUCAGUAUGGACAGAUGAACUCUUCAUCUUUAUUUAUAGAUGUCCAGUAUGCUCCAAAGCUUCCCUCUGUGUCAGUGAGUCCCUCUGCUGAGAUAGUGGAGGGCAGUUCAGUGACUCUGACCUGUAGCAGUGAUGCUAACCCAGCAGCUAACUAUACCUGGUACAAGGAGGAUGAAGACUCACCAAAAGCAUCAGGACAGAUCUUCACCAUCUCUAACAUCACAGCUGAACACAGUGGGAAUUAUUACUGUGAAGCCCAGAACACAAGAGGACGUCAUAACUCCACCUUACAUCUGACUGUUGUGGCAGGAGCAUGGAAAUCAACAGCUGUUGGAACAGCUACUACUGUUGUCCUCGCUGUCAUACUUCUCUCUGUCUUUAUACUGACUAGAAAGAAGAGGGCUGCCAAGCAAUCAUUCAGGUCUGGGGAGAGAUCAGACUACAGGACACAGUAUCUUCCACCUGGGAGACAGCUGGACGACCCGCAGGACGACCUUCACUAUGCCAGUGUCCGAUUUUGCAAGAACCAGGCAGAUUUGGCCGUCAGACCAGUUCAGCCCCACAGACACGAGACCGAGGAGAGUGUUGUGUAUGCUGAUGUCACGUUUAAGAGAUGUCAGAAAUCAACCGGAGAGGAUCCAGCUGCACUGUACAGCACAAUCAACAAAACCCGCUGA